CCGCUUGACGCGCGCGACGCGGGGCUGGCACAGCGGCACCGCACGGCGCGGCACGGCACGGCAGCCCGGGUCCUCCUCGCUCUGUUAUGUAACGCGUCGGAUGCUGCGAGGUGACGGAUUCGGCGGAUCGACUGACGGACAACCGCGCGUUGGCGACCGAUCGCGCAGAGGUCCGCCGCCCGCCAUGCUCACUGCGAAUCGCCGGAGGGCAGCGUGAUCGCGUCCGUCUGGACAUCAGUGGCCUAUCCUCCUCCCGAGGUGCACAGACGUCUGGAGCCUGCGGGAGCUGCUUUCUCCCCUCUCUCUCUCUCGCUCUCUCUCUCAUCUUUUUGUUUUGUGCCAACCAGAGACGCGUCCUCAUCCAGCGGAAAUCAACCAAUGCGGGUUUGUUUCGGAGACGCAUCGAGAUCACACUCUGCCUCCGAGCUGCGGUACGAACAAUGGCGGGUCCCGAGCAGCAGCAGCAGCAGCAGCAGCAGGUGGAGGAGAAGGCGGAGUACGUCGAUGAUGCUGAGAUGGCCCUGCAGGGCAUCAACAUGCUGCUCAACAACGGAUUCAAGGAGAGCGACGAGCUCUUCAAGAGAUACAGGACCCAGAGCCCACUGAUGAGCUUUGGGGCCAGCUUCGUCAGUUUCCUGAACGCCAUGAUGACAUUCGAGGAGGAAAAGAUGCAGACAGCCUGCGAUGACCUGAGGACCACUGAGAAGCUGUGCGAGAGCGACAGCGCCGGAGUGAUCGAGACAAUCAGAAACAAGAUAAAGAAGAGUAUGGACUCCCAGCGGUCGGGCGUGGUCGUCGUGGACCGCCUUCAGAGACAGAUCAUCGUCGCCGACUGUCAGGUGUACCUCGCCGUGCUCUCCUUUGUCAAACAGGAGCUCUCUGCAUAUAUCAAAGGAGGCUGGAUUCUCCGCAAGGCGUGGAAAAUGUACAACAAGUGCCACAGUGACAUCAGCCAGCUGCAGGAGGCCUGUCAGCCGAGCUCCUCGGUCAACCAGGACUCCCUCUCGGCGGACAACGCCAACCACAACGCGCCGUGUGAGAACGGCGUGACGCCCGAGGCCUUGGACCGGCUCAAGGGCUCCGUCAGCUUCGGCUACGGCCUCUUCCAUCUGUGCAUCUCCAUGGUGCCACCGCACCUGCUCAAGAUUAUCAACCUCCUCGGUUUCCCCGGCGACCGACUCCAGGGUCUGUCCUCUCUCAUGUACGCGAGCGAGAGCAAGGACAUGAAGGCACCGCUGGCCACGUUGGCCCUCUUGUGGUACCACACAGUGGUGCUGCCGUUCUUUGCUCUGGAUGGCUCGGACACGCACGCGGGGCUGCUGGAAGCCAAGGGUAUUCUGCAGAGGAAGUCGGUGGUCUACCCCAACUCGUCGCUCUUCAUGUUCUUUAAAGGACGGGUUCAUAGGCUCGAGUGCCAUAUCAACAGUGCUUUGGCCUGUUUCCACGAUGCAUUAGAGCUUGCAUCGGACCAAAGGGAGAUCCAGCACGUGUGUCUCUACGAGAUCGGUUGGUGUAGCAUGAUAGAGAUGAAUUUCGAGGAUGCGUUCAGGUCGUUCGAGAGGCUGAAGAACGAGUCGCGCUGGUCGCAGUGCUACUACGCCUACUUAACCGGCGUGUGUCAGGGUGCGGCCGGUGACCUGGACGGAGCAAGUGGCGUUUUCAAAGAUGUGCAGAAGCUGUUCAAGAGGAAAAACAACCAGAUAGAGCAGUUUGCUGUGAAAAGGGCUGAGAGAUUGAGAAAGAUCUCCCCCACCAGAGAGCUAUGCAUCCUCGGUGUGGUUGAAGUGCUAUAUCUGUGGAAAGCACUUCCAAAUUGCUCCUCAACUAAAUUGCAGAUAAUGAAUCAGGUGUUACAGAGUUUAGAUGAGGCCUCGUGCAGAGGCUUGAAACAUCUCCUGCUUGGUGCCAUUCACAAAUGUCAUGGAAACAUGAGAGAUGCUCUUCAGUCAUUACAGCUGGCUGCCAAAGAUGUGUACGGACGGCAGAUCAACUCUUAUGUGCAACCAUAUGCCGUCUAUGAACUGGGAUGUAUACUCCUUGCACAACCUGAGACAGUGGGAAGGGGAAGGUCAUUGCUACUUCAAGCAAAGGAGGAUUUUACAGGCUAUGACUUUGAGAACAGGCUCCACGUCCGCAUCCAUUCGGCCCUGGCCUCGUUGAAGGAAGUAGUGCCCCAGUGAUUCCGGGAAGGAGAAGCUAUGUAUGCUCGCGGCUUUUGACGACAAGUUUUAAAGCCAUUCAGAACAAACUGUUUGACAUCCGAGUGAACUGGCUCCUGCGUUUGUUCAUCCUUCUGAGGGAUUUUUGAGAAAUACGCUUGUUUGUCAUCUUACUCACUGCUCGGGCUGAUAUGAAUACUUGGCCGCGAGCGCGACAACAAGGAAGUAUAUUUCAUCAUAUCGCUAACUGUAACUGUUCCUUUAAGUGUUUUCUGCACCCACAUGUAUUAGCUAGCUGGUAACAAUUUUCCCUCAAUAACUUGUGCAUUUGGAGGAUUUCCGUUACGCCUCCACCCUUUCAGUGAGCAAAUUCAGCACGUAAAAGUAACCCUCUAAUGAGAUCAUACUGUACUCCCCUUAAAAGCAACUUUACAAAGAGUAAAAAAAAAAAGAAAGAUGCAGAUAAUUGUGUUUUCCACCUUCUUUAAAAACAUGACAUUUGAACAUCUUACGCAAAGUAAUGCAAUAUCAUUAAUAAUUCCUUUGGCGUAUCAUGAAGAAGGUUAGGCAAUAUAUGUCACAUUUAACAUUUUAUCUGUUCUUAUAGAGGACUUAAUGGGUUAUUAGAUUUUCAGCAGUUAUUUAAUAAGUAGUGCUUCUCAUAAAAAUGUCAAAAUCUGCUUGUCAAAUUGCAAAAAGGACAUGGGGACACAUGUACACACUUUCAAUGACAAACUUGUAGUCUCAUUAGAUAUUGAUCACGUCAAAUCUCACACACACACACACGCACCGUAGUAACAACUAGGCUGCCGUGAGUCACACCCAAGUCGUAAGACGUGAUACAUUUUCAGUACUUGAGUAACACACACUUCUCAAUGCCGUAGUGAUGUUCUGUGAGAACGCCAGGUGUUGGAUCCGUGCACUAUGCGUGGUAUGGCAAGGUAACAGUGGCUUUAUCGAAGUCAAAUGUUCCUGUAUGUCCAACUGUGCCAAUACAUCAAGGUCUUAUAAUGCAGUACCUUCGGUACUGGGAUUUUACCACUGACUGGUGCUGCUUACUGGCAGCACACCAAACAUAUAUUAGUAACUACUUUUUUUUGAUAGUGUUUUAGUGAUACAAGCUUUUUAAUUAGUCCAUCAUAGUGAAACGUUUAUUUAUUACAUAGCCAGAGUUGUACUUUAACAAGCGUCAUUUACAUAAUGCUAUUUUAGUCUUGAACCUUCAAAUCCUGUAAGAUAGACAGCGGUGUUAUUGAUCAAGCUGGUUCAAAAGUAUAAUCUUGGAUUGGAUAAGGAGUUAUGUUUCUGUAGUAAGAUCCUCAACACAGUUUUACACUGUACAUAUGAAGUCUCCUGUGCAGGGUUUUUCCUUCUGAAUCGUGGUCAUCUGAGCAAUAUAAGCAAGAGAGCAUUUUGAUUUACAAAGGUUCUCAACUAUGACUAUAGGUGUUUUUUCAUCUCAUGUUCAAGAAAGCAGAGGGAUACAUUUUAUUUUGCUCACGCUUAGCUGGUCCGACAAAGCCAGUCAUCCUGCUGUGGCUGUGGUGGAUGUUAAUUGUGGUAAAACGUUAAGGCGACCACUGUUCGGGUGGUUGGUGCAAUGCAAGUGGUGUUGUGAACAGUGAAAUGUCAAUAAGAUGUCACUUACCUGCCGUACCAAAAACCUCUGUCACUAAGACUUUUUUCCUUUUGUCAUGAGAUUUUGUUGAAAUUGCGGUUACAUGUAAGGAUGAUGGUGUUCCAAUGUGUCACCGAACUCUACAAUAAACGGUUCUCCAUUAACCUAGACAAAUAA